GCCGCCGCCGCGAUGCCGGUGAAGAACCGGUACAACCUGGUGGACGAUGGCUGCGACUCCCGCGUCCCGCUGCACAACGAGGAGGCCUUCCAGCACGGCAUCCACUUCCAGGCCAAGUACAUCGGUAGCUUGGAUGUGCCCAGGCCCAGCAGUCGCGUGGAGAUUGUGGCAGCCAUGAGAAGGAUUCGGUAUGAAUUCAAAGCCAAGAACAUUAAGAAGAAGAAGGUGAGCAUCAUUGUGUCCGUGGACGGCGUGAAGGUGAUCCUGCGCAAGAAGCAGAAGCGCAAGGAAUGGACCUGGGACGAGAGCAAGAUGGUGGUGAUGCAUGAUCCCGUGUACAGAAUUUUCUACGUGUCUCACGACUCGCAAGACCUGAAAAUAUUCAGUUACAUCGCGAGGGACGGCGCCAACAACUCCUUCAGGUGCAACGUCUUCAAAUCCAAGAAGAAGAGCCAGGCCAUGCGCGUGGUGCGCACGGUGGGCCAGGCCUUCGAGGUGUGCCACAAGCUGAGCCUGCAGCACGCCCUGCAGAACGCCGACGGCCAGGCGGACGGCGCCAGCGACAAGUCGGCGGAGGAGCAGCCGCCCGAAGUGCACCAGAUAAAGGGCUCCAAGAUCACAGAUGUGGACGAGGUUGGCCUCGACUCUGAUGGCAUCUGCGUGUCUGAGAGGGGACCAGGAGAGCUGCCUGCUGCCAGGGGUGAGCUCAGCGUGCUGAAACCUGGACAAGGCACCAAGGACAAGAACUGCCAGGACCCCGAGAGCUGCUCCCUGUGCCCGGCCGGCUCCCAGCAGCUGCUCAGCCCCGGCAGCCCCUGCUCCUCGGCCUCCAUCACGCCGCUGGCCUCCCAGCACUGCCUCCAGCUCCUCCAGCAGCAGCUCCUCCAGCAGCAGCAGCAGACGCAGGUGGCGGUGGCUCAGGUGCAGCUGCUGAAGGACCAGCUGGCGGCAGAGACGGCGGCGCGCAUCGAGGCGCAGGCCCGGGUGCGGCAGCUGCUGCUGACCAACCGCGACCUGCUGCAGCACGUCUCGCUGCUGGUGCGGCAGCUGAAGGCGCUGGAGAGCCGGGCACAGCGCCGGCAGCCGGUUGACCGCUCGCUGCAGAACCUGUCCCUGGCGCAGUCGCUGUCCCUCAACCUGAAGAACCACUACAGCCUGGACGUCGCCCUGCCCUCCACCUCCACGCCCGCCAGCGUCCUGGGCAGCCCCGUGGGCCCCCGCUCGCUGUCGGCCCUGGGCGCUGGGGAUUCCUACCUCAACCUGCUGGGCCUGGAGAGGGGCGGCCCCUGCUUCGGCAGCAAGGAGGGGGACGAGAGCCUGGCCGCCGCGCUGGAGGGGCAGGACGGGCUCGGCAGGCGCGUGGAGGGCUCCGAGGUCAGCGACGUGGCUCUGCUCAACGGGAGCGGCCGGCAGAAGGCAGAGGACGUGGACAGAGGGGACGAGGACAGGCGGCAGCAGCCCAUUCCCAAGCUGAACCCGCCGCCACCCAUCCUACGCAAGAGGUCAAGCAAGACCUCCCCGAGCCUGGAAGUGGAGGCUAAGCCCGAGAGCACUGCCCACGUGAGCCUUCCCAGCCCCAGCGUGUCCAGCCUCACCAACAUCACUGCCAGCUCCCUCACCCUCUUGGACUCUGAGACAAGGACUCCUGCUUGGAGCGCUGCCGCCAGCACAGAGCCCGUCCCCUCCAGGACCUUCCAACGUGUUCUCAGCAAGGACAGGGCUGGGGAGAACGGGCACACGUCCCCACCAGCCAGCUGCCACGACCCGGCAGCCAGUGAGGUCCUGGGCAAGGACUUGGCUGUGCUGGUGAGCCCCACGGACAGCAUACCGCCCUUCUCUCCUGUGGACGACACCUGCCUACACAUCAGCUUCUCAGAAGAUGAGCUGCUGGAACCGGAGCUGGACACUGUGGUGGGGCCCAGCAGGGUCCCCUCUUAGUCGGACCACGGCGUGUGGCAGCUGGCUGGAGGCAGCCCCAGCGGCUCCAUCCACACCUCUCCCCAACCUGCGCUGGGGUUGGGGGCCCUCGCGCCCCAGCUGGGCAGCAGGUCCCUUCUCUGUCCCUGCCCGCUGCACCAGCUCACACUGCCCUCCCGCUGUCCCCUGUCCUUGUCUGCCUGUCCUGCCUCUGCUCGGGGUGUCACGUUGGUCCCUGCCUCUGGGGAGCUCUCGCUGCUGCUAUCAGGCAGGGGCACAGGCCACGCUCACCACUACGUCCCUGCUGCUGACAGCCCGGGGCCACCCCAAACUUCCUGCAGCAGGGUUGCCUCCUCUGGCCCCCGUGCAGUGGGGUGGCCUGCGGGGGUCUUGGGAGGAUGCAAACAGUGCUGCUGGACACCAGGACAUGCUGGAUGCGGAUGGCACUGGUUGGGCUUGCUCUGAGGCGGUUCCCAGCCAGCCAGCGGUCACCGCACGGUGCUGUGCUCACCGUCACCCUGCCUGUCCCACCCCAGAAACAUCCCUGGAGCUCCUGGGGAGGGGCACGGCAGGGCUGUAAAUACUCGGACACGAGGCUCCUGCUGCUACCCCAGCCCAUCAGAGUCCAUCCACCCUAACACCAUGUGCCACCCCAGCGGGUGCUUCGCUGCCCUGACACCAGCCCUGUUCUGGGGACAGCAGCCUCACUUUCCUGCUGCCACGUCCCCAUGCGGCGAUGCCACCGCUGCCUCCCUCAAAGGUGCCUUUUCCUGCUGCCCAUGCGGGCUGGGGGCCGCCCCACAGGAGGCCACUACGGGGCGAUCAGGUGCAGGGGAGCCCGGAGAGCCCAUUGCUGCAGCGGGUGCUGCCUGCACCUUGGGGUGUUGGAGGCAGCUGCUCCGUGGUUGAGCCUCGCUUGCCUCUGGGCAGGCGGGGGCCGCAGGCGGACGCUGCUAUGUCAUGUUGGGGCGUUACAGUACAGUUUGGGUUUGUUUGGGAAGUGUGAAUGUCUGGGGAUGAGUUUGCAUACUGAAGGUCCAAGGAAGAAACCCAGCCCUGGGGGAACACCCGAGGAUGCCGGGUGCUGCCACACGUCCCCCAGCAGCACAGGAGCUGGGGCGGGUUUUGGGGAGGGACCCCGGGAGGCGAUCUUCAUGUGGGUGUCUGCGAGAGGGGCUUUGGGAAGGUGCUGGAGGGUCGAGGUGGGGAAGUGUCAGGAGAUGGAGAAUCGGAGCAGCUCUGCCCCAGUCCCGGUGCAGCACGAGGGGGUGGUGGGACCCCAGGGCCCCCCGGCUGCACAGCACCGCGGGGCCCAGUGCUGGCCAGGAGCCGCCGAGCGGGAGCUGAUAGCAGAGGGCCCUUGGCACCGCUGCGGUGGGAGCUGCGGGCUGGUGGAGCUGUGGUCGGGCUGUGCGUUAGCGUGGUAGAGGCAGAGCGACCGCUCCUUAGGAGAUAACGUACACUACGGUUUGGUAACUGACUUUUAAAGAAAAUAAACGUCUUGGGU